AUGGAGAAUGCUGGUAAUGUAGAUGAAGAUUAUGUUCCAUCGUCUGAAGCUGAGACUGAUACAAGCGCCUCUGAAGACUUGUCGGAGCCAGAGAACGUGAGAAGGGCGAGGAUUGAAUAUGCAGGGUGGCAGAAUUUGCAGAUCGACGACGAUGAUGACGAACAGGUUCCUGGAGCAGAUGAACUAACUAAUUGGUUAGUUCCGGUUAUCCCGUUGGACGCUGCAGCGGCACUUGUGGAUAUUGAAGAUUAUCAGCUACUGCCUCGGGAGUUGUCAAAGAAUAUGUAUUUCAAUAGCAAAGAUGAUCUGAUCGUUGCAAUCGAUACGUGCCCCUUCAAGCUCCAUGCAUCGUCACAAGAUGGAGCCAUUUGGGGAGUGUAUAAGUUCACCAAUGAGCACUCAUGCGACGGUGAGCUAGGGCGCGUAGCGCGAAUAAAGGCCCCCGCAAAAGUCGUCGCAGCAUAUCUAGCACAGAAAAUACACGACGAUUGUGAGAUCUUGAAGCCGAAGGCAAUCCAGCUGGAGCUGCGACGUGAGUUUGGCGUACAGAUCAAGUACGAUGUUGCAUUGCGAGCCCGUAAUCGAGCCACUAAGAUGGUUUAUGAUCGACAUGAUCAGUCCUUCGAGAUGCUGCCCAAGUACUUAUACAUGUUGAGACAAUCCAAUCCCGUGACGAAGGACGGCAACGAGAGUUUGUUCCCACUCGCGUAUGGUGUUGGCCCGAAAGAAAACGAUGAAUCGUGGACUUAUUUCAUGUCACGCAUUCGACGUGUUUAUGGCCAAGCCGAUCCACUUUUGAUUGUCUCUGAUCAACAUAUCUCCAUUGCCAAUGCUAUCAGGAAUGAGUUUCCAAAUGCAACCCACGGCCUAUGCUACUACCAUUUGCAAAAUAACCUGAAGCAUUACGAUAAGGCAGUGGUCGAGGUGUAUCGACAAGCUGCAUUUGCGUACGAGAAGUCCGACUUUAAUAGGGCUAUGAACGCCCUGAAGGUUAUGAAGAGAGCCGCGUACGAUAAACUAAUGGGGAUUGGGCCGGAGAAGUGGGCUCGUUCGAUGUGUCCUAUGCCUGUGCGACGCUACAGUUUUAUGACAUCAAAUGCCGCUGAAGCUUUUAAUUCCAGAUUGUUGUGGGCAAGAAGACUUCCUAUCUGCUCGAUGUUAGAGGCAAUCAGAAUUGUUAUUGAGAAAUGGUUCAGCGAGCGACUAAGGGCUGCACAACAAAUCGAGCAAGGCUUGACUGCUGAGGCCGGUAAAAGGGUAGCUAUUGAAGUCCAAAAAAGUCGUCGAUACACUGCACAAAGGUUGAGUGGCAUGAAGUAUAAGGUGCAAACUGCUGACAUAAGCUUUAAGGUGGAUCUGGAGAAGAAAAAAUGCGAAUGUCGAGUAUUCCAGCUAGACCAACUGCCCUGUUCUCAUUCAAUCGCUGCAAUAAGUGAGGCCGGUGAUACGAUCGCGGAGUAUGUAGACUCAUACUACACGAACGAAUUUCUUAUCGAUACUUACUCUCGCGAAGUUAAUAAUCUCCCGCCGAGACGUCAGUGGUUGGUUCCCGAGCACAUCGCUGAGCAGGUUGUAUUACCUCUGAUUGUAAAAGGUCAAUCGGGGCGCCCAAAAGAAGGAAGACAUCGAGGUGGUGGUGAAGGCAGCAGCACACAAGCAGAUGAGUCUUCUAGUAUCAGGCGUCGUAAACCAAAGAAGUGCAGCAUCUGCCAUGAAGAAGGACACAGCAAGAGAACGUGCGCUGGCAGGGCGACUGAGCCCAGGGAGUAG